AUGGCAACCACGAAGGGUAAAUGCUACAAGGGUAUUCGAACAAGACAUCCAUUCAAGAAAAUUCGCCGGUCAGUGGCAGCGACUGAUGCUACUCAGCACAGUCUGUUGAAAAAUCCUGUUCGAGUGUCAGUUGAGACAGUGGUGUUAGAUUUCGAUUCUUCAGAUGGUAUUGACAAUGAUGUUCCCUCUCGAACUACGGAUCAUGGUAAGUCUUCAGCUACUCCAUCAUUUCCUGCUUCUCCACAAGUCUCUCUUCCAACUGAUGAUGACGAAGCAAGUGAUGAUAUUGACGAAGAUUACGUUCCUGUAACCAAGGAAACUCAUGCACUAGAGGAAACCAUGACCUCUACUGAGGAUCUUGUUUCAUCCCCUGAUAAUCGAACGCCCGAACCUCAGUCGACUAAAGCACCUGGUGAAUCCUCCAUUUCGAUGUCACCUCUUGUGCAUGUAGGUUCCUCCUCUAGACCACAUCGUCAACUCGUCAGAGGACAACGCGUAGUAUCAACCAAGACUGGUAAUCGGAAGAUACCUUCCAACAUACCCUUUAUGUCGAUAGAUGGUGUAUCCUUUCAUUCUGAGGAAGGAGCACACAAGUGGAAGUAUGUUGUUAAAAGAUGCAUUGUUGAUGAGGCAAAUCUUUCUGAUCAGUUUAAUUUUUGCACUGCUAUUCGUGACUUAAUUUGUAAUGCUAGUCUACUUCAUACUGUAUCUGAGGUUGGUCCCUUCUAUCCCCGACUUAUUCACGAACUAGUUGUUAAUCUGCCUUCUGAUUUUAAUGAUUCGAGUGCUAAGGAAUUCUACAAGGUGCAUAUUCGAGGCAUCUGUUUUGAUGUCUCUCCUGAAUUACUUAAUCAAUUCUUGGGCAUUACACUACCGACUAACUAUGCUAUUUUGUAUCCCACCCUCCAGCGACUGGCUGAAGAACUUAUUGAGAGAACAUUGCCUAUUUGGCCAGUUGAUGGACAACUUCCUGUUGCAUCUUUAACAGUAAAAUAUGCAAUUCUCCAUCGGAGUGAGUCAAGGCUUCCGAGUGGCUUUAUGUUGUCUCAACAACCGACUAUUCUGACCCCGCUUGAUGCUGUUGGCACUGCUCCACGUAACAUUCCACUGAGUAUGCGAUUGUUUCAAGGCUCUCAUAUUCCAAAUGUUGCUGUUGAAUUUGAAAAUGCGCCUAGAGGGACCGGGGCUGCUGCUGCUAUGCAUUCUACUGUUGGUCAGCCUCUGGUCCUCUCUGUCCCGUUAGCCAAUCGGCUGUUGUAA